GACAAGCGCCGCCGAAAUACGGCCGCUAGUGCGCGCUUCCGUGUCAAGAAGAAGAUACGCGAGCAAUUUCUCCAAAAAACAUUGGAUGAAAAAACAGAGUCAGCAGAGAAGCUUCAAAAUCGUAUAGUUGCUCUUGAACGUGAGAUAAAGUGGCUAAAAGACCUUAUUAUG